AUGGCCUUCAACAGGACUUCCCAUGAUUGGAACGAGAAAGAGGAUACACCAUUGGUCCCAUCACGCCAUUUUCAACACGUCGAGCGUGAUGCAGCACUUAAUCAUCCACCUUCGACAGAGACCACGCGUACCACAUCUGCAUCAGCCGAAGAGAAUAGUGGCGGGCUUUCACUGCGGUUCAUCGAUGAGUUCGAGAGACAGACUUCCUCGCAAGUCAAGCGAGAGAUACGAGCACAUGUCAGAAGAGGGACACAUUUGAAAAGGAAGCGACUCAACGAUGCAUCGAAACCCCGAGUCUCUUCAGUCCAAAGACCACUUCUCCAGAGAAAAGUAGAAAAUAGUUCUACCGCCAAAGCUGAACCCACACUUCAACUUCCGGCAACAUAUGAUCACGAGGCAAUAGUCCCUCGAGUAGCAGAGCAAACUCCGAUGGAGGACCAAGAUGCAGUCUCAUUAUCACUGCACUUUCCUCUAUCUCGUUGGCAGUUCAACAACACAACACCUUACGCUCUACUAACUAAUGAUAAUGCACCAAUGUUGCAACUAGAUGCUAGAAGAUGGCCAUUCCCACAACUAGUUCGAGGAAAUGGACCUGCAGUUUCUGUCUGGAUGCCUCGAGCAUCCAUUCCAGUUCCCAAUGCAAGGUCACAACGACCAUGUCUAUUGAGGAGUGCUCAGGUUGUGCCAUGGAUAGCGCAAAGUCUUGAUUACUUGAUGUUCAAAAACGAGGCCAUACAAUGGGUUAAUCAACGUUUGUUGGUUCCUGAGCAUGCUACGAGUGAUGUUACUAUUGGAGUCAUCAUUUUUCUGAUGAGUUGGGAGAUCGCUCGUGCCAACAUCCCAGAACUAAAACUUCACAUCAACGGGUUAUUUCGAAUUAUCAGUCUUCGCGGCGGUUCUCCCAACAUUACCUCUGUCGAUCAUUUCUGCUGGAAGAUCGCUCUAAUCGAUCUUUUGGUUGCCGUUCUUACAGGAAAUGAGCCCAAGCUCUCUUUUCAAACUCAAGAAGAAGUGCUCGGUGCACCUGCAAUCAAUCCGUCGAUUGGAGGGUUGCAGGUUGCUGACUCCCCGCUUUAUGGCACGGAGCCAUUGGCGUUGGUGCUUGAGGGGUCUAAAUUCUGCAAAAAUGCUGUACUCUUGCUUCAACAUAUGCAAGAUUUGACAAAGGGUUCCGGACGAGAGGAGCCAUCGCCCUUGAUCCCUCGAAAUGAAGCGAAUUCGCAGGCUUCAACAGGCACACUUUGCAAGAUUGUUCAUGCCACAUCAUCCAUCUACUGCCGAACAUUCAAUAAUCCACCAACACCAUUUUCGUCGCCCUCCAAUGCUGACGCCUUAGCAAUUAUAUCGACAUGUCUAGAAGAUACGACGAACGACGAAACUUGGACUAGGUACCCAGGCAUACUGUCUUGGAUCGUCCUCACUGCUCUCGCGGCAUCUAUUCAUCAACCACAAUGUAGCUUUUUCGCCAUGUUCGUAUUUCGAGUGGGAACAUCUGCCGCAUGGUGGGGACCACGAGAGGCAAGGAAAUCCAUUAUGACUUUCUUGGAUGUCAAGAGAAGGUCGGAUGGUCUUUCUAUCUAA